AUGCCGGGCGACGCCGCUGAGAGAGCGAGCGGGUCUGCGGUCGUAAACGGUGCCCCCAGUGGCCACUCCGCCACCAGCGAAAUCCAGCAGCGCCACAAGGGUUUCAUCGAGCCCUCUGACGAUGUCGUCAUGGAGACUGCGCGCAAGGCGCUCGCGCGGGAAGGGCGGGAUGCAAUCCCGGAGGCGAUUGUGUGGAGCUGGGAGACGACGGCACCUCCCAUCCUCGCCAGGGGGAAGCAGAACAUCUACGACCUCACGGACGAUAUCCCAAAGCACGUGAAGCCGUUCUGGUACCACGAGUACUACCAGCAGCGCGAGUACUUCCGGCUGCAGCGCGAGAAGCGGCCCCUGAAGGAGCGCAUGAAGUUGUGGGCUGGCGUGCUGACAGCCAUGGCCGUCGCCGGGGCAGUGCUCACAUUCUUUCGGGUAUGGGUGGAGCAGCCACGCGAGAUUCGUCAGCUGCGUGAGGAGCUGUUGCAGCGCACAUACGGGCGUGUUCUCGAGCUAGCAGCCGGGCACGGACAGAAUAUCGGCGCCUAUCCGUACGCAGUCCACGAGGUCGUGCUAACGGACUCCAACCCGCAGCAGCUGCAGGCCAUGCGCUACCGCAUCCCCCAUACUGCUUAUCCAAAGUACGACGUGAAGCGCGUGCGCUCGGAAACCCUGGACAAUUUCAAGGACGGCGAGUUCGACUGUGUCGUAGACAUGUUCGGCCUCUGCCACCUGCGCGACCCCGUCAUGGCACUGCGUCAGAUGCAGCGCGUCGUGAAGCCGAGUGGAAUGAUCUUGCUGCUGGAGCACGGCGCGAGCCCUUACCCGCCGGUAAACUGGUUUCUCGACUACUUUGCGCAGCAGCACAGGGUUAACACGCACGGUUGCAAGUGGAACUCCCCAAUCCGCCAGUACCUUCAGGAGUCACGGUUGGAGGUGAAGGAAAUCCGCAACAUGCACUACGGCACCACCUACUACGUCGUGGCUUACCCGGAGGUACUGGAGGCGUACAAGGACCAUGAGACAAAGGCGGAGCAGGUGAAGGAGUGA